AUGGACCAGACAAUGUUGGAAGCCGGGCUUUUAGAGGAAUGUGAAGAAGGUGGCGAGACUGACUUUGACUUUUCUGUCGGAUCGGAAGAUCUUGCCUUUGAUGAUUUCAAGGAUGAUGCCGAGGACGUGAGCGAGACUGCCCAGGAGGAUGAAGAAGCCAAGCGCGAGGCAGAUGAAAAGCGAAAAGCGCGUGGUAAGUCAGAGGCAUGUUCUCAGGCCACUCGAGAGUCGAUACAGCGUAUGCAAAAGGUAAUGGACGAGAUCGACCGACGCACUGAGGCAGGCUCGUCGACAAAUGCCGGACGUCUGAGAAUGAAGGAUCUGAAGCAUCAAAUACAAAAGCUGGACGAAUACGACGCGGAGAUGGAGGCACAGAUAACAACAAGCUUACUGUCAGGGGCAACAAUAUCUUUGCCAGGAACAGAUGCUACCCAAGCAGAGGAGGCUACAUCUGAAAACAAGUCCAUGCCCAGCAGUGUAACAAAGAGAUUGUCUGGAGACAAGGAAUCAAGGCGCAGAAAGGCGCUCGACCUAUAUAAUGCUAAACAACGUGCAAGGAGAGCCAUCAGCCAACACGAAAAAGACUUGUUGAUGGCCAACAUCAACGAGCGCACUUGUGGAUCACGAAAGGCCACAACACAUACGAACAUCGAUGAACUGAAUGCGCAGUUGGUUCGGCUGGACGAUAGAGACAAGAAGAGGGUGGAGAGUUUGACUGCGAGAGAAAGUCGGUCUUUGUCCACUUCAAUGGACCACAUGUCUGCUCAUGACGAAGAGGAGGACGACUCUACCCAUCAAGAUCGAGAAUAG